AUGGAUGCUGAUAUGGAUGUACCGAUGCAUGAUGCUGUCUCUGAACAACUCACCCCGACCAUUACAGAAGAUGUAACCUCUAACAAUGAUAAUAAUUCUGGAGAUUAUCAGGAUAUUGAUUUUAAACCAGGUUCUUCUGGGAUUGCUGAUAAUAAAUCUUCUACCCCUUUACAAUUGACUCCAAAUAAUAUUAAUGAUUUAGAUAAAUGGAUUGAACAACUUGGUCGUUGUGAAAUGCUUUCAGAAGAUGACGUUGCUAGGUUAUGUCGUAUGGCUGUUGAUGUAGUACAAUUUGAAGAAAACGUUAAGCCAAUUAAUGUACCUGUAACAAUUUGUGGUGAUGUUCAUGGUCAAUUUCAUGAUUUAAUGGAGUUAUUUAAAAUCGGUGGUCCAUGUCCUGAUACUAAUUAUUUAUUUAUGGGUGAUUAUGUUGAUAGAGGUUAUUAUUCUGUUGAAACUGUAUCAUAUUUAGUUGCUAUGAAAAUUAGAUAUCAACAUAGAAUUACUAUAUUAAGAGGUAAUCAUGAAUCUCGUCAAAUUACUCAAGUUUAUGGGUUUUAUGAUGAAUGUUUACGUAAAUAUGGUAGUGCAAAUGUAUGGAAAAUGUUUACAGAUUUAUUUGAUUAUUUCCCAAUUACUGCAUUGGUCGAUAAUAAAAUCUUUUGUUUACAUGGUGGUCUUUCUCCAAUGAUUGAAACAAUUGAUCAAGUACGUGAAUUAAAUAGAGUACAAGAAGUACCUCAUGAAGGUCCAAUGUGUGAUUUAUUAUGGUCUGAUCCUGAUGAUAGAGGUGGAUGGGGUAUUAGUCCCAGAGGUGCAGGUUUCACAUUUGGCCAAGAUAUUAGUGAACAAUUUAAUCAUACAAAUAAUUUGACUUUAGUUGCUAGAGCUCAUCAAUUAGUAAUGGAAGGUUAUGCAUGGUCGCAUCAACAAAACGUUGUAACGAUAUUUAGUGCUCCAAAUUAUUGUUAUAGAUGUGGGAAUCAAGCUGCAAUUAUGGAAGUUGAUGAAAAUAAUAAUAGACAAUUUUUACAAUAUGACCCAUCUGUUAGACCAGGUGAACCUACAGUAACAAGAAAGACCCCUGAUUAUUUCUUAUGA